CACCCACGCCUGGCGGCUCCUUCCUGCCGCCGCCCUGUGUAGCAGCGACUUCUCGGAGGCGCCGCGGUCCCAGGCCCGGGGAAGGGCGCAGGCGGUCCCCGGAGGAUGGCUCUCGCGAGCCGGCCACCGCAGCCCCGCAUGUUUGUUGUCUGAUUUUGGAAUGCAGAUGUCAACUUGGAGUCUUGGCACCCAACUCGGCCAAGGAGUAGCGUUCUUUAAAAGGUACAGCUUGGGACUGGGCGCCGUCUCCACUACUAACCCUCUCAGACUUCCACGGUGGGUUCUUGAUGGACUUGAUUCUCUUCAACUGCCGGCAACUCCUGGGCAGGAGACAUGGCUCUGGUCAGAUGGGGGCUGAGAAGACAGAACUUCCACCUGUUGAGGAGGAGGAGAGUGUUGCUGUUGAAACUGACAGUCGUUGUUAUCUCUGUGCUCCUGUUUUGUGAAUAUUUCAUCUAUUACCUGGUCCUCUUUCGGUGCCAUUGGCCUGAGGUGAAGAUGCCAGCCCGUGGUGGUAGGCAGGAGCCUGUCCUGAAAGCCAUGUUUCUGGCUGACACUCACUUACUUGGGGAGAUAAGAGGCCACUGGUUGGACAAAUUGCGAAGGGAGUGGCAAAUGGAGAGAGCUUUUCAGACAGCUCUGUGGCUGCUGCAACCAGAAGUAGUCUUCAUUUUGGGAGACGUCUUUGAUGAAGGGAAGUGGAGCUCCGCCCAGGCCUGGGCCGACGACCUGCACAGGUUUCAGAGGAUGUUCAGGCACGGCAGCCACGUGCAGCUCAAGGUGGUCAUUGGCAACCAUGACAUUGGCUUCCACUACCAGAUGAGUAAAUACAGGAUAAAUCGAUUUGAGAAAGUGUUCGGCUCUGAAAGGCUGUUCUCUCUGAAAGGAGUUAAUUUUGUCAUGGUCAACAGUGUCGCAAUGGAAGGGGAUGGUUGUACCAUAUGCUCUGAAGCAGAAGCUGAACUCAGAGAGAUCUCUCGUAAACUGAAUUGCUCCCAAGAGCAGGUGCAGGGAUCCAGCCAGUGUGACCAUGAGCCACGGCUCCCCUUGUCUGCCCCCGUGUUGCUGCAGCACUAUCCGCUCUACCGGGCCAGCGAUGCUAAUUGUUCUGGUGAAGAUGCAGCUCCUCCAGAGGAAAGGAGCGUCCCCUUUGAGGAGAAAUAUGAUGUUCUUUCCCGGGAGGCCUCACAAAAGCUGUUGUGGUGGCUACGGCCUCGUCUGAUUCUGAGUGGCCACACGCACAGUGCCUGCGAGGUGCUCCAUCCCGGAGGAGCGCCCGAGGUGAGCGUCCCAUCCUUCAGUUGGAGGAACAGAAACAACCCAAGCUUCAUCAUGGGCUUCUCUACUGUGUGAGGAUUUUAAUGGAGGGGUCAGCAUACUAGACCUUCUUCCCAAGCCCGCCUAUCUUUGGCUUCUUCCUUUGGCCAGUGCCUGUGUGGUCUGUGGUGAUUGGCAUGCUUGAAGCCCCUUGGUCCUGGGUAAAGAGGGCUCUUCCCUCCCAGACCCUCAGGAGGGAACCUAGAAGACAGCCUCUAGGUCAGACUCUUGCCUGGGAUUUACCCUGCAGCAUAAACUUUCUAUUCCUCCCCCAGGGCAGCCUGACAUCCAGAGAUUACGCUCUCUCCAAGUGCUACCUCCCAUGCGAGGACACAGUGCUGACCACGUACUGCGCAGCGGCUGCCUUCCUCCUGGUCCUCAUCUUAGCUCACUUUGAGCGUCUGCCCUCAUCUUUCCUGUUUGGUUGGAAACUGUGCAGGUCGCACCUGAGAAGGUGAGGAGCGGGCGACUGUCGCGUACGGUCAUGGGAAUCAAAGCCACAGGUGUAGGACUUCCAGCGGGGCUCCUGUGAGUCACGGAGGAGAGCAAACGUUGGUGGCUCUUAUGAACAUCAUGGGGAUUCUGAACCACCGAUGGCAGCGACUACAGAAUAAACAUUUGACCGUACUGUUCUCAAUGCUGUAAAGAGGAACGUGUACUCUGCAACAAACCCAUCUCUUCACUGUAUGAAAUGUGUGUAUAAUCAAAGGUUCCACCCGUAUGGUAUGUAAAUAUCAUGGACUCUACCACUUGCACACAUGACACACAGGAAGGGACCGGCAGCUUUGGUGUACACUUGAGGCUGUGUGUGCUCCUAAAAGUUGGGUCAUCUCUGUUCUUCUAUGAAGUGACUCUCAGUUCCUUAUAGAUCAUGGAGUUAUAUGCUAAAAAGUACAGAGUCAGUGAGAGGCACCCAAGGAGGCUUUCACCUUUCUGUGCUAAUGGAACCAGAUUUUUAGAUACGUGUAACUUUCUUUCCAGGGAACCAUGUUUAUCGCAUCCGAAUUCGAUGCCUGCUUCAUGAUUAAAACUGGAAAAAAAAAAUCAGGGAGGACAUGGAUGUUUGAAUUUAAAAAACAAAUGGUGUGAUGAUUCUGUCAGAUAAAACACAUUCUUUUUCUUA